CAGACCCUCCAGGUUUUGAAAUUGCCUUUUUCAGAGAUGGAGAGCAUAAAAAAGUUUUUCCGCACAAUUAUACGUGGAGAAGACGUGGACUAUGCGCAAUUUGAGUCCAAGAUGGAUGGCACCGACAUUGUAACCUUUCGAGAAAACGACAAAGCUUUUCGAUUAUUUGGAACCAAUGUUCAUGUAAAGGUUGGCGCCUACAUUGCUGGUGUGAUUGGUUUCGCUGUGACGAUAGCAUUCUGUAUCACGUACACCUUCUAUCACAGCAGAGGCAUGGGACGAAAUCCUUUUCUUGAUCAUUUAGAGCUAGUCGAUCUGAUAUUUGCAUUCACUGUUGGUAUUCCUUGUCACAUCCUACUAUUUUGGGCCAUUGCUAAGGAGAAAUUGUUCUUCAGCCCGUUUUUGGUAUUCUAUUUGACGAACUUCGCAUUGAAUGUGAUUUUUACUGUGAUUACGGUAGUCGCCGCUUCAUUGGAUCUUCAUCGACAACUAUUCGGCAACAUCAAAUACGAUUUGGGAUGGACGGCAUUUCAGGUGUUCUUCACUGCAUCACAAGGCCUUGCCAUCUACGUUGUGAUGCGAUGUCGUAAAUAUGUCGCUGCCAAGAUUUACUGGAGGCAACGAAAUACGGAGCCUGGAUAUAUAAUUAUAUGUUUCAAACAAAGAUAUUGA